UGCUCUGGAUGUCUUCUUGCUCAGAGCUGCAACCACAAGUAAGCCUCCAAUAAAUUGUCCAUUCAUGGUUUUGAAAGAUUCCCUGAGAUAGUGUCCUCUAAAAAUGCAUUCUAAUUCCAACGAACUCCUAAGUUACUGCUAAACUACGUAGGAAUUAGAGAAAAGUGCGAUUUUAUUGAUCUGGCAUUAUUUAGCAUGGCGCUGAGGAAUACAUCCCUGGUAGAAGUUUGCUCAAAAUCGUAGCUAGUUAUGUAUCAAAUCCCAUUUGCAAGGGUUGUUUGUCUUGUUCAAAGGACAAUGGGUGCAGCCGAUGUCAACAGAAGUUGUUCUUCUUUCUUCGAAGAGAAGGCAUGCGCCAGUAUGGAGAGUGCCUGCAUUCCUGUCCAUCCGGUUACUAUGGACACCGAGCCCCAGAUAUGAACAGAUGUGCAAGAUGCAGAAUAGAAAACUGUGAUUCUUGCUUUAGCAAAGACUUUUGUACCAAGUGCAAAGUAGGCUUUUAUUUGCAUAGAGGCCGCUGCUUUGAUGAAUGUCCAGAUGGUUUUGCACCAUUAGAUGAAACCAUGGAAUGUGUGGAAGGAUGUGAAGUUGGUCAUUGGAGUGAAUGGGGAACUUGUAGCAGAAAUAAUCGCACAUGUGGAUUUAAAUGGGGUCUGGAAACCAGAACACGGCAAAUUGUUAAAAAGCCAGCAAAGGAUACGAUACCAUGUCCAACCAUCGCCGAAUCCAGGAGAUGUAAGAUGGCCAUGAGGCAUUGUCCAGGAGGAAAGAGAGCCCCAAAGGCAAAGGAGAAGAAGAACAAGAAAAAGAAGAGGAAGCUGAUAGAAAGAGCCCAGGAGCAACACAGUGUCUUCCUAGCUACAGACAGGGCCAACCAGUAAAAUAAAAGACACGUAGGGUAGAUUUUGGGGAGGGGGUUUGCUUUUGCAAAAGUGCACAAAGCUCCUCUCCACCCCUGGAUCCUGGCGUGCGGCCUUUGUGCUGCUCUGACCAGUACCUGUUCCCAGUAACGUUGUGAAUGGAGGAGCCACGAGCGUGGUCUCUCUUAUUUAUGCUUUGUUUGCAUCUGGAGCCCGUGAAGGCAGGAGCCCAUGACCUGAAUCCAUGGAAGCAGGAGUUAGGGGUCCAGCAUGGGCCUUGGCUCCACGAGGGGCAGGAGCUGUGAGGCCAUGGACCACCCCUGGACCCAGACUUGUGCAUAUUUAUGGGAAAGAAGACACUCAGCAGGCCAAGUGCUCUUUCACUGGUGACCUUGAUUUCUCACAUUGUGCAUUCGUUCGCAAGGAUAAAUGUCUGCCGAGAUCUGCUUUGAGCUGGGGGUGGGGGGUGCUCCAGGAAUUCCUGCUCAGCUCCCCAGCAGCUCCAAUUGUACAUACUCUGUGGGGCUGCAUAUAAACCUCUUACAAUGUAUAUUUAUGCUUUCUGAUGUGUAACAGGUCAUGCCUGAUACUAUGUCACUUUGUUUCUAGUGGUUCCUAACCAUUGUCCAGCACAUGGCUGUUCUAGAUUUGCGAAUUGACCAAUGUUGUGUUGCCCCUUGACAUUUAACUUUUUUUUUUUUCCCAGGCUUAUUUCUCAUCGUAAGAAUAGGCUAAGCUAGUUUGUACAUAGGCUCAAAUGACCAAUGUCAAGGACUUUGUGUAUCCGUAGACCUUCCCCACUCUGUGUCUCCUCAUGCAGAUAAAGCAGCAGGUGACAGGCAGAAGCUAAAACUCCUUUUGUGUCUAAGAUGUGAUGACUUCAUACAACACAACUGAAAACAUGAGGCAUGACAUGCAGUCCCUUGUAGUACUCAUCAUGCUGUUUUACCAGCUAGCUAAUUUUUCACUUUUGUUUCAAACUUCAAUAUAUAUACACACAUACACAUAUUUAUUUAAAGCCAUCCCUGACUUACCACGACAGGGUACCUACCACUUCUCUUAGGGUCACUGUAGAAAUUACCAUCAUGAGACCAUGCAUAGCAUUCGAGGAGAAAACAGGAUGCAUCCCUGUAACUGCUGGUCAAAUCCUAACAGGUCUCCUUGGAGCCAGAAUCCGUGUCCUCUCCCAGACAGAAGAGCCCUGUGGAGACUCUCCAGGGGACUUGCGGACCAGUUGUUUCAAAAACAUCGUUGUGUAGUUGGGGGAAUCCCUUCUUAGAGGGCUUUGAAUUGGCUUCUUCUAAAAGCAUCAUUAUCUUCCUGGCUAAUCCAGAAGAAAAUUAGAACAAAGUGAAAUGGUUACAGAUGUUCAAGGAAAACAAGCAAGGCAAAGCCUUUUUUCUCACUGUGCAUUGGCCAAACUACCUCUCCAGCGUUUAAUUUUUGAGUCAAAAGCAUCUUACCAGUGAGUAUAAAUGUCAUAUGCAUUGUUAGAAUAUUACUGCUAUGAGAUAAUAAGCCAUAUAUGAAUGUUGUAUACAACUUUAGGGUUCGCAUUUAAUCCUAAAGUGUUCACCACCUUUCACGUCUAUUUACACUAGAUUCCUAAGUGGGGAGGGGGCUCCUUUAUAUAGUGCUUCAUCGUUAAUAAGUCAGUACCUGUUCUGUUUCUGAGAUGUUCUUUUCGUGCAUUAAAAAACUUCGAAAUUA